UUAAGUUCGAUUUGCACUUGAUCUUAGCAUUUUUGUUUUUAAUCCAACGGAAUAAAGAAAUACUCAUAUUUGUGUUAGGUGAUAUAUAUAUCAAUUAAUAUGUCGGUGCACUGGAGUUCUGAAGUAAUGAAAUGGGAGUACAGAGAAUUGCAGGCAACCGCUAUGUCUGUUGAUUACUCGGGUAACAAUGUUUUGUUAGCAGGUCGAAGGUGGCUGGCUAUUAAACAAAUUAACUUAGAAGAUGACACACUAGGCGACAUAGUUAAAAAGUAUCCUCGUCAUAGUAAAUACGAUGUAGCUGGAGCAGAAUGGUGCCAGAACUACCAAGGAAAAAACCUCUGUGCUAUAGCUAAUAAUCAACGAGUUGAUGUUUAUGAAUGGCGUGCGGGCAAUGACCUGACGUGUAUAUGUUCUUUACGCGCGCACACUCGGGUCGUCAGCGAUACACAUUUUCAUAGACAAGACCACAAUCUUCUUGCAACAUGCUCUAUAGACACUUUCACACAUUUGUGGGAUUUAAGAGAUGCAAGGAAACCCAUAGUAUCAUUAUGUGCUGUUGCUGGAGCCUCUCAAGUACAAUGGAAUAAGGUUGCAUCUCAUAUAGUAGCUACUGCACAUGAUGGAGAUAUAAAAAUAUGGGAUUACAGAAAACCUAGUUCCCCAAUACAUUAUAUUUCAGCACAUUUAUGUAAAAUCCAUGGUGUGGACUGGAGCCCGCAUCAUGAAUAUCAAUUAGUCACUUCAAGUCAUGAUGGAAGUAUAAAAUACUUCGAUAUAAAUAAUGCUAGAAGACCUGAGAAUGUUAUAACAACAAAUUUUCCAGUAUGGAGAGCAAUUUACACACCAUUUGGAAGUGGCUUGUUGACAAUUGGCGUUGGUUGGGGAGGGCUACCUAGAGUUGAACAAGCUGGUGUUAUUGGUAUCUGGGUAGGUGGUACGUUGACCACCAGAUUAGUGGGACAUACGGACACUGUUCAAACCAUGGUAUGGAGACCAAAUACCUCUCCAUCCAACUACCAGUUGAUAACAUGGGGCAGGGAUCAGUCUCUAAGAAUAUGGACAAUGCAUCCAUCACUGUUAAAAAUGUGUUCACAUUAUUUACCUGAUGAUGCAGAUGGAGAAGAAGAUAAUAAUAGUGACUUUAGCUAUGCAUCAACAGUAGGUUCUGUCACCGAUCUCUCACAAAAUGAUAAAGAUAUACAAAUGAACAAAAUAACACAUAAAAACACAUCUAUUGAUGAGGAAUUUGAAUCAAUCAGGGAAAUGGCAAACAUUGAAGUGACAGACAUGAAUAUUGAAACACGGACCUGCCAAAUUCAUUCUGAACGCAACGGUUACAUCGCUAACUUACAAGUCACCUUCCCAAGGAAUGUCACAGAACUCACCAUACCAAAGUUCUCGUGGCUUUCAGGAACUAAUGUUGAUAGCGCUACUACGAUAAAAGUGUUACAAGCUAUCAACAAAACAGCGUAUCGUAAAAAGAAAGAAGGACACAGGUGUCUUUUGCACUGUUUAAAAACUUUAGCCACAUCUAUUGAUGAGAUACCGGUAAAAUCAAACGACGAUUCCGACUCGAUGAAAUCGAGUCAGCGAAGUCAAUCGGAGAGCGAGAACGCGGGCGACUCGUGCAUCCCUUUCCCGCGCACGUGUGGCGCCAAGUGGUGCGGCGUGAGCUCUCUCGCGGUGUUCAACCGGCCCGCCAACGCGCGCCGUCUCUCUCUAAAGCACGAGGCGGGCACGCCGCGCUCCAUGUCCUCGCUGUCGCUGGCGCCCGGACUCUUCGCCGGCUACAGCUCCGUAUCCCCGCAUGCCACCACCACGCCCUCGCCCACCAACGCCUCCGGCUUCCCGCAGCUGCACCACAGGCACGCCUCCAAUUCUAUCACCACCUUCUAUUUUCAGGAUAGAUGGAAAGCCCAAAGCCGGCGCGCGGGCAGCAUGCGCAGCCGCGGCAGCAUAUCGGGCUGCUCGUCGCCGCGCGUCGUGCUCUACGCCGCCAACAACCUCUUCCCGCUUAACAGGACGUUGGCCGAGAAAUACGUCAUCAACGCAGACGACCCUGUCGACAUGUGCGAGAGGAAUGCGAAAGUGGCGACGGAGGAGGGCGAGGUGGAGCUGGCGCACUCGUGGUGCCUGGCGGCGCUGGCGGCGCGCGCGGCGCGGGCGCUGGACGCCGGCCUGGUGGACCACCUCGCCUCCAGCGAGGAGAGCAUGGCCUGGGCCGGCCACCCGCUCUGCUGCAACCUCGUGCAGACCUUGAUAUCACACUACGCUAAAUCUUCGGAUCUACAAAUGGCCGCCAUGCUGGCGAGUGCAUUUGCAGUUUUCACCGAUACAAACAGUUCAAGUUCACAAUCUUCCAUCAGUACAUCGAGUUGUGGCAACAGGACGUCGCCGUACAGCACGGUGAACCAGUACAGCGAGAUCAGCGCGGACGGCUGGACGCUGCCCAUCAUCCUGCGCAGCAACUCGUGCUCGGAGGCGGAGAACUUCCACACGGAGUCGCUGUGGCGGGCGGAGCGCGGCGGCCUGCUGGACCAGCGCAGCGCGCACCUCUACAACUGCUUCAAGCGCGCCUACGCGGACGUGCUGCACCGCUGGCAGCUGCUCUACAAGAGAACUGAGGUGAUGAAGCUGGUGAGUGGGGCGGGGGAGGCCGCGCCGGCGCCGGGCCCGGAGGCGGUGUGGGAGUGCGCGUGGUGUGGGCGCGUGUGCCGCGGCGGCGCGUGCGCGGCGUGUCGCCGGCCCGCGCUGCGCUGCGCCGUCUGCGCGCUCGCCGUGCGCGGCCUCGCCGUUGCCUGCGCGCUCUGCGGACACGCGGGACACGCGCACCAUCUGCAAACCUGGUUCUCUCAACACGACAACUGUCCAACUGGCUGCGGCUGUAAGUGUGUCAUCGAAGGCACAUCUGUAUGGAAAGGAGUUAAAUAUGCUUAAGUUAAGUAGUAAAUGUAAAUAUUAUUAUCAAUACAUAUUCUAAAGAAAAUCUGUUCCUAUUAUUAUUUAGUUGUUAAUUAAAUAAUACCUUUACUCCAUACCCUUCAUACUCCAUAGUGCACUUUCCCGCGCGAAUAUUUUGAUUUACUUGCAUUUUGAUCUAAGUUGUUCAACUGUUUUAAAACAUGUCUGUUUUCUUCUGUUUUUUAAAUUAAUAUGUCAACACAACGAAAGUAUACUUAUUU